AUGGGUGACCUUAGCCCGCAGAAAUCUCGGAGCCCAGACUGGUCGGAUUCAGGCUCCGGCACAUCGCGCGACCAUAUCGAUGCCCUUCAUGGACCCGUUCCAACACGACCUCGCCUCCCCAGUCGAAAGAGCAGUGGCACCAUGAUUGUCUCUCGGGAUGCUUCUGUCGGACCGAUGGAAACAGACUUUGCGCCAGAUGAUGUGAGGAGCAUGAGCCCGAGAAGAACGAGCGAGGACAUUGAGCAUCUGGGAAAGGAAGCCAGACAAGAGCUACAAACGCUGCAGGAUUCGCUCAUUGUGUUGUUCAACCGAAUAGAGGCCGUCAAGGAGGAACAUGACAAGCUCGACAACCACAACAAGUUUCUGCAAAAAUACAUCGGCGAUCUUAUGACGACGAGCAAAAUCACCGCCUCUAGCAGCCGCGCAAAGAAAUAA